GCCGCUCGGACUUCAGGGACUCCGUUGGACUAUUUGAGGCUGUUAACGCGCUGGUCGAGUGAAAUGUGCCGGCUGUCACGGUGCCCGGGCCUCGGAGGAUUCCCAGCGUGUGUCCGCGGUGACUGACAGCGGCCUGGAAGACGCGUUUCUCCGCCGGCUGGCUUCCUCUUCGUCCGACGAUGCUGCGGUUCAUUCAUUGUGGCUAACGCUAGCUUGGUCCCACCUGAGUCCCGCUGCCCGCCUUCUCCAGCCUCUCUCUCUCUCCAGACGCGUCGCCUUCUCUUUCCCGGCAGCUGUAAACACCUGCACAGGUGAGCGCGAGCCUCCAGGGACUCGAUCCAGGGACCUCAUCCCGGGGCAGGAUGGACUACGAGCACAAAGCGGCCGCCGUGGCGGACUGCCUGAUGGGCUACAAGAGGGACGAGUCCGGCUGGAAAGUCUGCAAGAAGUCGAAUGACGUGGUUGUCUCUUGGCGCCCUUCAGCAGAGUUCCCUGGGAAUGUCUAUAAGGGGGAGGGGAUUGUCAACGGCAGUCCUGACAAGGUGUGGGAGUGUCUGAAGCCGGUCCCCAACGGGCUCCGAGUCAAGUGGGACAACAACGUCAAGAAGUUUGAGCUGCUGGAGCAAAUCACAGAGGACAUUUCUGUCUGCAGAACCGUCACGCCCUCAGCAGCGAUGGGCAUCAUCGCUCCACGCGACUUUGUAGACGUUAUUUUAAUCAAGCAAUACGAAGACGGCAGCAUUUCAUCCAACGCCUCCAACGUGACUCACCAGAGCUGUCCUCCUCAGUCCGGCUACGUGAGAGGCUUCAACCACUCAUGUGGCUGCAUCUGUGUGCCAAUCUCAGGAGAGCCCAACAAGACCCAGGUGUUCAGCUUCUUCCAGACGGACCUGGGCGGCUUGCUGCCACGCUCCGUGGUCGACUCCUUCUUCCCCUCCAGCAUGUCCGAGUUCUACGGCAACCUGGCCAAGUCCGUCAAGUCGCUCAAAGACCUCUGACCAGUGCGCCGCCUCGCCGCAGCCCCGGGCCGCCGGGCCGAGCGGUAAACCCUCCUCAGCCCAUCCAGACGCAGUGUCACUCACACAGUCCCUUCUGAUCCCGGAGCAGCGAGACCCAUAGCUACAGAGAAAUCCAUCGCAGCCUGAAGCAGGGAACGGCGAGCGCUAAAAUCCAACGCAGGUCGCGUCGGGCCAGUUUCGUUCAUCACCGAUCGAAUAUUUGCUGAAAUAACAGAGACGUUAGAAAGCUGUGGCUCAGUUAGAAAACACCAAGACAGGUCUUUUAAUCUCAUUUUUGAAUUUAUUAUAUGAAAAAAAGCUAAAUAUUGCUCAAAAAGGAUCAAUGUGACAUUUUAACGCCAAUCUUUUCAUGUUAAAUCAUGAAUUCUUUUUAGAUGGUAGCAUUAUUCAGAAAUAUUUGAUUGAAAAUGAAUAUUUUAGAGUAAAUUUUGAUUAAAUAAUCAUCAUAACUAGUUGGUUUUUCCCAUUACAGCACAAUAAUUGUUUCUAGUGUAAUAAUGUAACACGAUACAGUCGUGAUCGAUUACCAGUAAUGUUUUGUUAUAUUAUUCCCAAAUUCAAAGUCCAAAGUUUUACAAACUUAUAUACGAAGGCAAACAGUUAAAAAACCUUGCUGCCUCUGAUGGAGGGACGUCUCGGGUCUGAAUGGGUUAAAACUGUCAAAUUCAGCAGCAAUCCUC